AUAAAGAGGAACACUCACUUCACCUGUCACCAUUUUCCUGUUGUUUGGAGACGGACCAACGACGCCUCCUUGCGGUACACCAUGAAGCUCAUCCUCCUCUCCUGUUGCCUGGUGGGCGUGUCCCUCGCGGCCACGGUCACCACCACGCCCCCGACGCCCAGGAUCCUGAAGGACACGCGCCUGAACCCCCAGCUGGACGGCAGGUACAGCCUCGACGUCGAAACUGAAGAUGGUCUGCGGAGGGUCGAGGCCAGUGACGGGGCGAAGGUGCAGGGCGCGACCAGAUUCGUUCAUCCCGACGGCACUGUUUCGGAAAUCAAGUUCGUAGCUGACGAAUUCGGCUACCGAGCUGUGGGCGACCUGCUGCCAACGCCUCCGCCCAUGCCCGCCCACGCCCUCGCCCAAAUCGAAGCUGCUAGACUCCAGAGGGAGGAAGCUGCUCGCCUUGAAGCUGCUGGACAGGCUUCCCGUGGUGUUCGGAGAUAGACUGAAGCUUCGGUUUUAAAUCUAAGAGUGUUGUGUGUUCGAUCGCGGGGAAAAAAUGGAAAAUAAAUAAAAGUUGGAAACUCA